UAUUCAUCUAAAUGAAAUAGUUAGUUCUAAUUAAUCAUAAAACAAUCUUUGAGAAAUAGCAUUUUAUCGUACGAGUAUGAUGAUACAGAGUGGUAUUAUAGAAAACCAGGUAGUGGAAGUCAAUUGAAUUAUUAUCAUAAUAAAAGUAUUUGUACAUUCAAUACUCUGUUAUCACAAUUACUUUUGAUCUAUUCUUGGUCAUUUGAUUCUUCAGUUAUUUCUUUUUCUAUUUUUCGUGUACACAAUGAAGCAGUUACAAAAGUCUAAAAGAAAAAAAGGUUGCAUCAUGUUUAUUUAAGAUAUUAUCAAGUUUUUCGUUGUACUUAACUAAAUAUAAUUGAUAUGGAACGACUUCAAACUUGGUUUAUUCGUAAAGAUAAGUUAUGUUUUCCUUUUUGGAAAACUAUGUCAACAAAAUGUUAUAUGGCAUUUAGUGCAAUUAGUGCUGGUGCUACAUUUGUCACAUUCAUUUUGUUAUAUUGGUUUUUUGGUGGUCUUUUAGCAUUAUCAUUUCUUCUAGUCAGUAUUAUUGGGUUUGUCUAUCACUCUGAGGACUAUUUACUAUAUUACCCAGACUUACCAGAUCAUUCUAGAAUAUUUGUUCCUCAACCUUCCAUGUACGGCAUGCCAUUUGAAAAUAUAUAUAUUAAAAGUUUGGAUGGUACACGUUUGCAUAUAUUCCUUAUCAAGCAACCUGGAGAAGCAUCUAAAAUUGUACCUACAAUUUUAUUUUUACAUGGCAAUGCUGGAAAUAUGGGCCAUAGAUUAACAAAUAUACAUGGAUUUUAUAAUGAACUUUCAUGCAAUAUAGUCAUGUUAGAAUAUCGUGGAUAUGGUUUAUCUCAUGGUUCACCAUCUGAAAGAGGUCUGUACAUGGACGCUAGUGCAGCAAUGGAUUUUAUUUUAUCCAGAACUGAUUUAAAUCUUGGGCGCAUUAUUGUAUUUGGUCGCUCAUUAGGUGGUGCAGUAGCUAUUGAUUUAGCAGCUCGUAUAGAAUAUUCUCAAAAGAUUUGGUGUGUAAUUGUUGAAAACACUUUUACUAGCAUACCUGAUAUGGCAACUGUACUUAUGUCUUCAGAUGUUUUGAAAUACGUCCCUUUGUGUUUAUAUAAAAAUAAGUUUAUGUCCAACUGGAAAAUGAGUAAAAUGCAAGUUCCAAUACUAUUUGUAUCAGGUGAAGAGGAUACAUUAGUGCCACCAGCAAUGAUGACAAAUUUAUUUGACUCUUAUUGUGGUCCUCUAAAACAGAUAGUUAGAUUUAGAAGAGGUUCUCACAAUACAACAUGGAAUUGUCCAGGAUAUUACAAAAAAAUUCGACGAUUUCUAAAAAUUAUAGCUAAACAUAAGCCUAAUACAGGAGACCUGCAUUGUGUUAUACAAAUUGUUUAAUAUAAACUAUGAUUAAUGUUCCUAAUUUUAAUAAUUUAAUAAUAAUUAUAGACAUUAAUAAUGGAACAUUAUUGUACAACAUAGUUAAUAAUGAUUUUUAUUUAAAACUUAAAAUAUUUAUAUAAAUAUAAUUAUUUUUUAUAAAAGAUAACACAAAUUCUUAUAGUAAAUUUUCUACUACUUUUAUUUAACAUGCUUGAGAAAUUAUUAGCUUUUUUAAUAGGUUAAAUACUUAUUAAUCUAUUAUUUUAUUAUUUAUAAAAAAAAAUUAUAUAUGUAACUUAAUUUGUAUAAAAAAUUUUGAUAAUUAACAUUA